GGGGAUGGGUUUAUUACUACAAAUAUAAGGAAAGGAGAAAGAUUUGGAGAGAAAAAAAAAAUCUCCGAAACUCCAAUAAGAAAAGGGGAGGAGAACGAUUGACAGAAGGAAGCAGAGAAGGGACAGAGAGAUAGAGGAGGCUGGACUUCCUGACAGUGGAGAUGUCAACAGGCUAGAAGAGAGCAAACAAGGAAGACAGGGAAAGAAGCAUUUUAAAUACGAGUCAGGGGUGAUCAAGCAGUGCUAGAAAUGAAGCAGUUAGUUUGAGUAAAGGGGGAGGGGGAAAAGAGUUAAAAAAGACAGGAGAAAAAAAAACUUAUAGAAAACAAUCAGAAAAACCUGUUCUUUCUAUACUACAACAACCCUAAACCUCUAGGACUAUAACCAUUGCUUCUCUUCUCACCCUCCUCUCUCAAGAGUCCACCAGCUCCACAGGCAGAGCUCUGAAAAUUAAGCAAUUUCUAAGAACUUGGAAUGUCCCAUGCUGACUUAUUAUAGUGACUAGCCUUGUUGUCUGUGGACUGAAGGCCAGAUUGGCACCUCCAAAUAUGGACUCCAUCACUAUGAGCCUUGGGAAGAAGCGAAGUGGCUUCCAGAUCACUAGUGUGACCAGCGACUACCAGCCAUCCUCUCCUUCCUCUCCAAUACCAGCAGAGAGAUCUCUUUCUCCAUUGUCAACUAAUGGGCUGUGUUCACCCCCCACCUCACGGUUUCGAGUUGUACGCCUGGAUCAGGUCUCUGUAGGGGGUGGUAGAACCUAUCAGAAAGGCCGGUGGAACUGUGUGGACUUUUAUUCCCCAGAAGUUGGAUCCCCACUAAGGGCCGGAGCAGGACACUCACUGGAUUCAGGGCUUCCCCGUGCCACUAUUCCACAUUCACCCUUUUUACUAUCCCCAGGAAGGGCUCAGCAGGUUCCAAGGUCACAGGGAGCACCUGUGCUGAAUGUAGCAACAGAGGAAGAGGCAAAAACACAGCCAACUCCUUCUCCAGGUAACGUCUCCCGCCCUGUAUCCCCAGUCGUUACUCCGCAGCGUGAAAAGCAGCCUAGCAGAGUGGUCUCUGAUAUUUUCAAUGAACGUCUUAUUUUAGCACGGUCUGUAUUUGGAAUGGGAGGAGAGUCUGAAAACGAAAGUGGUUCCAGUAAUAGUAUGGUGGCUAUUGACAACAAAAUUGAACAAGCUAUGGACCUUGUAAAAACUCAUCUCUUGUUUGCUGUCCGUGAAGAAGUUGAGGUUUUAAAAGAGCAGAUAAAAGACCUCUCAGAAAGAAACAGCUUAUUGGAACAUGAAAACAGUCUCCUGAGGUCUCUUGCUACGUCGCAACAACUGUCUGAGGUACAGUCUCGUAUUCAAGCAUCCAGAAAAGGUCUCUAAUGUGCCCAAAAGUGCAAAGAGAAAAUACUGGACCCCUGGAAUCACUAACACUCUCAUUUGUUCUUACCAUGAAUGUGAUCGUCUUCAGCAUUAUCUGCAUUGUGUGCCUUACUUUUUUGUGCAGGUGAAAAAAACGGUACAAGAAUUAACAAAAUAAAUAUUUGCAAUAUUUCCGUUACAGUGUUGGAGGAAAUUGUGGAAGAGACCAGAAAGUGAAUAGAACAUAAUGCUUCAUAUUCAUUCUCCAAAACAUUUUUUUCUAAAAGCGUUGUGAAAAAUAUGUUGUGAAAACCCAGAGAAAAAAUACUGUAGGAGAGCAAUGACACCUCCAGGUUUACCUCUGACGCAAUUCUUUUAUAUUAAAGGGACGAGGGAAUAAUACUUUGCACACUAAAUAAAUGAAUUGUCAUCAAGUAACUGGUCUACAAAUUUGGUUGGCCUUUCCUAUAAGCUAAGAAUUUUGGUUAAUCAGAGGCUGACCAUUGGAGUGACUAUUUAACAGCAAACUGAACAUAGCUGUGUUUACUAAGAAUAUUAGUUUGUUAUAACAUCAUCUGAUGCGACUGGGGAGUUGCCUUGCUGUUUGGUGCAGAUGAAAAUAAAAAGGUUAAAGGGACAUAAUACUCAUAUGCUAAAUCACUUGAAACUGAUGCAGUAUAACUGUAAAAAGCUGACAGGAAAAUAUCACCUGAGCAUCUCUAUGUAAAAAAGGAAGAUAUUUUACCUCACAAUCUCCUCAGCUCAGCAGAGUAAGUUCUGUGUAAAAAGUUAUACUCAGCUGCUCCCAGCUGCAGGUAAAAAUAAAAAAAAAUGAAGAAAUGAACAGCAGCCAAUCAGCAUCAGUAGUGCUGAGGUCAUGAACUCUUACUGUGAUCUCAUGAGAUUUGACUUAACUCUCAUGAGAUUUCAUAGUAAGCUUCCUUUACCUGAUUGGUGAAAUAAUAUGAGAGUUCACGAGGCUCAUCCUUUCAGCUGUCCCAGGACAGACACACUAAAAUGCUGCUUAGAAAUCCUUUACAAUGGGAGGUGGCUACUGAGGAACUUUUGAGGUAAAAUAUCUUUCUUUUUUACAUAGAGAUGUUCAGGAGAUAUUUUCUAGUCAGCUUUUUACAGCUAUGCUGCAUCACUUUCAAGUGUUUAAACAUUUGGGUAUUAUGGCCCUUUAAGGGCAAUGGUCUUCCAUGGAUAGAUGUAUUGUUCUCUUUUCUUGGAGCACCAAAGCAUUCCUGAAUGAUCUUAAUUUUAAUAUGCUGCUUAACAAGUAUAAUGGAUGCAUUUUUAUUUACAUAUAUUGAUCAUAUGACGGUGGGAUGUGCAUACAUUUUUAUUUUUUUUAUUUUUUUAUGGUACAGAAAUUUGGAUUUGGUUGGAAAAAUCCAUGCGUGACUUGAGCUUUUUUUUCUGCACUUUUACAAAUAAUAAUAACUGCCUUUGUUAAAUAAAAUGUUCUAAUGUGAAAUGAAGGUUUUCUGCCAUGGAAAUGUGUUACAAGUCUAGGUGAUGGGUUAUGAGGAAUUACGCAAUGUAAGCUUAUUUAGACUGCCUUUUAGUGGCACAACAAACAAAAUGUUGAUGUACAGAGCAUUUUAAAGCGCUGUAAUUUACCCUUUGUCACUGGUUUUCAAACCUGUCCUCAGGCCACAUUUUAAAGGUUAUCUGAGCUAGAGCACAGGUGAAAUAAUCAGCUGAUUAGUAAACAACAUGGUUAUUUUACCUGCUCUCCAAUGUAAUUCGGAAAACCUGACCUGUUGGGGAGGCCUGAGUACAGGUUUGAAAACCAGUGCCUUAUAAGUUAUCUUCUAAAUCAGGGACGGCCUUCUGCAUUAGUUUCUGUGGCCCUCAGAAAAACACAAAGCUAACAAUGUGUGUUUUUGGGGCUUUUUGGGUAAAUAUGGUGGCCACAACUCAAAAGAGUCCACUGGAGUUGAGAAAAGCAGAUAAAGGGUUCCCUGCAAAUUUACAUAAAUCAGGCAAUGAACCACUGGCUAUUUAUAGAAAUAUAUUUUUAUUUGGGUGUUCAAUAGCCAUAAAUGUAUAUGCGGCCCUUAAAGGGACAUGAAACCCAUCUUUUUUCUUUCAUGAUUCAGAUACAAUGUACAAUUAGAUUUUUUUUUUUACUAUUUACAUAUAUAUAUUAUAUAUAUAUUAUUAUCUAAUUUGCUUUGUUCUCUUGGUAUUGUUUGUUGAAAAGAAUACAUAGGUAGGCUCAGAAGCAGCAAUGCACUACUGGUAGUUAGAUGCUGAGUGCACAUAUUUGCCUCUUGUCAUUAGCUCACCCAAUGUGGUCAGCUAGCUCCCAAUAGUGUAUUGCUGCUUUUUUUCAACAAAGGAUACCAAGAGAAUGAAGCACAUUUGAUAAUAGAAAUAAAUUGGAAAGUUGAUUUAAAAUUCUGUACUCCAUCUAAAUCAUGAAAGAAACAUGUUGGAUUUCAUGUCCCUUUAAGGCUUCUGUAAUAUUGAUCUGUUUGUUAGGACGUUGGCCUUCACUGCUUUAAAUAGCAUCACCAGCCACAACCUAGAUACACACAGAGCAAUAUGUAAUUAGCCAUUUUCACCUCAUGAUCUCCAGUGUAAAAAACAGAGCUAGUAUAAUUUGGCAAAAUUCUAGAUAAUACAGUUAAAUCUGUCUCUAGCUUCAGUGUUACUCAUUUCUUCUAAUAUAAUACAGAUAAUAGGAUUAUAAGGUACAAAAUCCAUAUAUUUCUAGCAUGUUCUACUCUCGUUAGAUUUGUUUGCGAAUGAUCGUUAAACUUGAUAAUGAGGCUCCAGGUGUUUCACAGUUUUAAUUGUGGGAUGAAGGGUGGCCAUGCAUGUAAUUUAUUCCCAAGGGGUAUUGACCUAGGCUAAAAUAAUACUUGAACGUUUAGUAAUGAUAUUUACUGUUAUAUAAGGAAACAUUUGAUGGUAGAUUAUCUACAAUGACCUAUAUUCAUUAGACACUCACAGAAGGACCUAGUAUUGUAAAUUCUGUAUGUUGCAGUGUUCUAAAAUCUAACAUAAAAGUGUUUGGUAUCUGACCUUAUGUAGGGGGGGGGGGUGCAGAUCCAUUGUAGGGAGAGUUUCCUCCGGUGUUUAGUUUGAUAAGCAAAGUUCUAAUGCAUUAUACAAUGGCACAAAACCUGUCAAUUGUCCUCAACAUGUGAUAAUAAUAUAAAAAAAUUAUAGCAAUGUAAUUGUUUCCUUUUUUAGAAUACUGACCCAGUAUACAUUUUUUAUGACACUAAGGGUUAGAUUUAUUAAUAGCGAAUCAUGUCCGCUCCAACUAGCUAAACGCAGACAGCAUACGCUGUUGGCAUUUAACAUUGCACAAGCAUUUCUAGUUAAAUGCUUGUGCAAUGCCGCCCCCUGCUCACUGGUGGCCAAUUGGCCGCUAGCCAGGGUUGUCAAUCUUCCCGAUCGGAUCGAUUUUCAUCACCCACCUAAAAGGUGGCUGCUUAAAGGGAUACUGAACCCCAAUUUUUUCUUUCGUGAUUCAGAUAGAGCGUGCAAUUUUAAGCAACUUUCUAAUUUACUCCUUUUAUCAUUUUUUCUUCAUUCUCUUGCUAUCUUUAUUUGAAAAAGAAGGUCCAGAACCUUGGACAGCACUUGUUAAUUGGUGGAUGACUCUAUCCACCAAUUAGCAAGAACAACCCAGUUUGUUCACCAAAAAUGGGCCGGCAUCUUAAUUUACAUUCUUGUUUUUCAAAUAAAGAUACCAAGAGAAUGAAGAACAUUUGCUAAUAGGAGUAAAUUAGAAAGUUGCUCAAAAUUGGAUGCUCUAUCUGAAUCACACAAAAAAAAAUUGGAUUCAGUGUCCCUUUAAUAAAUGAAGCCCAUAUACUUCACCUAAGACGACCUUAUGUAGCAAAUGUUGCUUUCUGAAAACAUAGGAAUGGCUAUACAGUAUCAGAUAGCAAUGUCAGCUUUAGGAAGAUUUCUUUCUCGUGCUGUACACAGAUGAAAUGAGCUCUUAAAACUGAUACACACAUCAGGUAGGUAAAUUGUGAUUAAAGAGUACUUACUAUAAACAGUAUCAAGGCAAAAAGCUGACAUUGUUUUAGGUUGGUCAUAAAGAUCAAUGCACAGUAUCUCCAAUGCAGCUAAACAUUAUAGUUAUUUACAAUACAUUAUACUUAUAGAUUAGUAUAGAGUCUGUUGCACCUACAUCUGCUUUCAGAUCAUCUUAGUAUAGUGUUUAGAUCUUUGCUUGCAAGUGCAGGGAUAGCCUAGCCCUGAACUGGUUUGUCUUACUGCGAAUCCUGACAAUUUCUGCCUACUACUAUGGAAAGGUAUUUUAAAGGGACAUGAAACCCACAUUUUUUUCUUUCAUGAUUUAGAAACAGCAUGCAAUUUUAAACAACUUUCCAAUUUACUUUUAUUAUCUAAUUUGCUUCAUUAUCUUGAUAUCCUGUGUUGAAAAGCAUAUCUAAAUAGGCUCAGUAGCUGAUGACUGGUGGCUGCACAUAGAUGCCUCGUGUGAUUGACUCACCCAUGUGCAUUGCUGUUUCUUCAACAAAGAAUACCUGAAGAAUAAAGUAAAUUAAAUAAUAGAAGUAAAUUGGAAUGUUGUUUAAAAUUGUAUGCUCUAUCUGAAUCAGGAUUGGGUUUUGUCUCCCUUUAACUCCUCAUUUGUUGUAUUCAAAGCAGCUUCAGGACUACCCCCCCCCCCCACACACACACACACUGGGAUGUCAAUUUCGCCUGAUGUCUUGAUUAAAUAGGUUUUCUAUAGUCAAUACUACAGUAUUGAAAUUUUCAGUAUCGGUGGUGGUUUCAAUGGACAAAAGCUAUUUCAAAUGACAAAAUUAAAGCAAAGCAGCUAUCUGUAAGCAAUUUAAUACACACCAGUAGUAAAAAAUGGAUCAUUAAAAACAUUAAAGAGGAGAACAUUUUACAGUAUAACAUCCCUUUAACACAAAACGGAAAUCUGAUUUUCUUAAAAUGCAUCUUACUCAUAUGUAGUCAUGAACUGCAUUUUGUGAUAAAGCCAGUACAUUUCUUCAUGACAGUACCACUUUAAUAGAUUCACAGUAAAAAGUCAUUUCUCCUAAGGAUAAAUUAAUGGAAACUGAUAGUAAAUUAUAAUUUAUUUUAUUUUAGUAAAAUUGAUAUAUAAUUUAAUAUUAAGAGAACUAAAACUGAUAUCAUAUUGAGUAUCAAAAGGGAAUUUCUUACAUAUUAAUAUAAAAACUACAUUUUUAAUUAGUUUAUUUUUAAAAAGGGAAAUAUUUUUGAGCCAUGAAAAGUAUUUUUAACAUUUCCUCAUAUGCUUUUGUAUAUGUGAUGGCUAUUUCAGGAUGUGUAUUUUUGAUUAAGCUGAAUGUACAUAUGCGUCAGAAAAUGUAUGAUGAUAAUUAAUUGCAGCAAAAAUGAUAACUCUACUGAUAAAUAAAUAUUUUUAUACCAA